ACAAGCCCCUCGACUCGAUCCUUGGGCCUGGCGAUGGCGCCUCAGCCCCCCCUCACCACAACCCCACUGGGCUCCUUGACAUUGUUGUGUUCCGCUUUCCCUGCGUCCAUCAUCGCUGUGCUAGGAUGUCCACUUGCCGCGGAGGAGUGUCCAAGGGGCCUCCCAAGCAUCAAAACAAGACGGUUUGGAAACCAAACGCUGGGAUUAAGAAAAAUGAAACCGAGGUGGGAAGCAAACAGCGCCCGUAUCCUGCCAUUACUGGAGUGUGCCCUCGCUGCAAACAACAAAUAGAAUGGCGACGCAAGUAUGGUAAAUACAAGCCACUAACUGAGGCAGCCAAAUGUAACGAUUGUGGAAAACGGGCAGUAAGACAAGCUCACCAUACCAUUUGCAUACCAUGCUCGAAAAAUAGAAACGUUUGUGCCAAAUGCUGCCGCCCAGCAGAAACUAUUGUUGGAAGCAAUGUUGAUGCAGAAGAGGAGCGAAAGCAACUAGAAAACGCUCUCAAAAACAUGCGAGAACGAGACAGAAGGACUCUACUCAGGACGAUGGAAGGAGGGAGCAGCAUCAUGAAGACACCAGCUAACAAAAAACAGGGUAAUGAAGUAUCAGAUUCUCACGACGAGGUCAACUCGGAUUUGGAAUUUGGAUCUGAUGAGGAGGACGACGAAAACGAUCAAGACGAACCAUAAAAUGCAAAUUAGAAAUACUCCAAUUCAACACUAUUUGUACUUCCAUAUACGUAGUACCAUGACUCCUAGCAGAGGAAUCGUGGAUAACCAAUUAGUAAAGAAACAAUUCGCAGCAGCACAAAGCUCUCACCUUUUUCAACUUGCGAGUUGAUGUCAACAUGCUUGUAUUGUUCCAAAAGCAAAGAAUGGGAAUUACACAAAAUGUUCCCCAGAAGGACAAAGACGCGAAUUGACACGUGACAGAAAAGAUUUUGGAGGAAGUUACUUUAGGUGUAAUUAAGGCUCUAGUAGUAGAGGCCAAAUUGACUGGAAGUGGUGGAGACCCUUGGUUUUGUGGUGCAUAAUGGAGGUGGUUGCAGAAUCCGAGAGAGCCUGGGGAUGACGGUGAUUUGAAGGAUGUGGUUUGGUGAGUGAUGACAUAUUGAAAAGAUUUGUUCUUUUAAACUCAUCCUCCUAAUGCUGAAACCUCUUAAUUUGUGA